AUGCAUCCGACAACACGAUAUCCCUUAUACAAAAAGGACAAGAUUAGAUACACGAUUAUCUUAGCUACCGAGCAAAAUACAAGAACUAAUAAGAUCGAAUUGCAAAGCAACCUCGUCCAUUACUUUUCGGUAAAAUGCUCCCGAAUCACUAAGAGCGUAUUAGCUUCCGAAGUAUAUAGUAUAAUAGCUAAAGUAGAUAUUGCAAUUGCAAUAAGUAUUACGCUUGCAAUAAUCACUAAACAACUCGGCAUACCUAUCAUUCUAAUAAUCAUUCUUAUUAAUUCUUACUCCUUUUAUAAGUGCUUAGUCAAGCUUAAUACUACGAAAGAAAAACGCUUAAUAAUCGAUAUCAUAGCGCUCAAGCAAUCUUACGAAAAGAAGGAGCUUACGGAAGUUCGAUGGAUUGCUAAAAAGCAUAACACCGCCGACGCAAUAACAAAGAAAACACCUAAUAAAGCACUAAAAACCUUCUUGGAUACGAAUAAGCUGAAAGUCAAACUGGAAGGUAGAGGAGCGAAAGGUUUGUUUCUGGAGAGUGAAGUCCGAGGUCCGGCCCGAGAGAAUAGGGGAAAAAGAGUUGGAGAGUCCGAGAGCGAACAUACUACCGGUACAGUAGUCCAUACACGUACAAUAUCCACUUUAGAAAAGGGGCCAGGUAAGGUUGCAACGAAUAUUGCUAUGAUAUUCAAAACUAGAUGCAUAGAUCGGCGUAAUCGAGAUCUUUAA